AAUAUGAGGUGUGGAGAGUGAUGGUGAGGAUGGUAGUGCGGUGUGCUGUAGCCCUUCCUUCUUGAGCCCUGGCCGAGAUGACCACCAAGGAGACCAUACCGUCGGUGCAGGUGUACGGCAGGAAGAAAACUGCCACAGCUGUUGCCCACUGCAAGCGUGGACAUGGCCUGAUCAAGGUCAAUGGCCGACCCCUCGAGCACAUUGAACCCAGGACUCUGCAGUUCAAGCUGAUGGAGCCUGUUCUCCUCCUGGGCAAGGAGAGAUUCUCAAGCGUGACAAUCCGUGUUCGUGUGAAGGGCGGCGGCCAUACCUCUCAGGUGUAUGCCAUUCGUCAAGCUAUUUCAAAAUCUCUAGUAGCAUAUUACCAGAAAUUUGUGGAUGAAGCCUCCAAGAAAGAAAUAAAAAACAUCUUGAUCAACUAUGACCGUUCCCUCUUGGUUGCCGACCCCAGACGCUGUGAGCCCAAGAAGUUCGGAGGUCCAGGAGCUCGCGCCCGCUACCAAAAGUCCUACCGAUAAGCCUCAUUUUUAUAUUCUGUCCUUCAUAAUAAAUUGAUGGGAAUAUAA